AUGAGCCCAUCGGUGAAUGGGGGGACAUCGACGGCCGGGGCUGGCGGCAGCACGGCACAGCAGUGGCCGCCUCGCCGGCCGUCAAAGCGAAGUAAGCUGCGCAACUCGACCUUUAUCAUCCCGUCGACGGGCGAGCGUUCGCGGCGCCAGUUCACUCUUCGCAAUGGCAGCCCCUCUGUGCUCAACGGCUACAGGACACGACGGAGAGACUACGACGAGAACGACGACGGCGACGAAAACGAAGACGACCCAUCCUCCUUCUUCACGGCGUCAGGAUUCAGCAUGCGCAUGGAGGCGAUCGGCCGGGCCUCCUCGGACGGGCUGGGGCGAUUUCGGGCGUGGAUGGAGUCGCCUAAUGGGCGGGGAGUGAUCAAGUGCACGGUGGCAUACACGAUUGCGAGUCUCUGGACGUUUUGGGCGCCGCUGUCAGAUCUGCUGGGCAAACCGGACGGCAAGCACCUGGUGGCGACAAUCACGGUGUAUUUCCACCCAGCCCGCAGCGCCGGGUCGAUGAUCGAGGCCGGGGCGAUCAGCGUGGUGGCGGUUGCAUACGCGGAGAUCAUCUCGGUGCUGUCGAUGGCGGCAUCGGUACUGUUCGGGUCGGUGUUGGGAUGGGUGACGUUUGCGUACGCGGUGGUGCUGGUGUUCUUCAUCGGGUUUGCCUUUGGAUUCAUCGGCUGGGUCAAACAGCGGCUGAACAACCCAUCGGUCAACGUGGGCUGCACGCUGGCGUCGCUGGCGAUCAUCACUGUGGUGACAAAGGAGAAUGCGACGUACAGCAGCGUGUUCUCGAACACGAAGAUCGUGCAGGUGCUCAAGAUCCUCGUCUUUGGCAUCUGCACGACGUCGUCGGUCAGCCUGCUUCUGUGGCGCGUGUCAGCACGGGCACUGCUGCGCGAGUCGCUCACGCGGGCGUCCACAUCGCUGGGCGACAUGCUGGCGAUGAUCACACACGGCUUCCUCAGCGGGGCCGAGGACGAGCUGACGAUGUCGGCCGAGUACGGGGCGGUGAGCGCCAGCUGGACGGCGGCCCACGCGCAGAUGACCAAGAACCUGAGGGAGGCCAAGUAUGAGCACUACGCGGUCGGCCACGCGAGCCUGUACCAGCUGGAGAAGUCGGUGUACAAGUCGAUGGAGACGCUGGCGCAGUCGAUCGGCGGGCUGCGCAGCGCUGCCAACACGCAGUUUGAGCUGCUGCGCGAGGCCAUGGCGGCUGCAGACGCAGAGAUGGACGGGUUUAUGCCAUCUUCGCCAGCUGCCAGCCGGCCAGGUCUCCUGCGGACAAGUUCGAACUUUCAGCGUGGCAGUGGUGCGGCAGCGCCGCUGGCAGCCAUUGACGAGGCGUCGGACGAGAGCACAGACGAGAGCAGCAUGCGUGGUGGCCGGCGGGCGACAGGAGAGGAUGGCGAGGACGAGGAUGAGAACGAUAUUGGUAACACCAAGAACACCAUCAUCUACAAUCUUGACAAUAUCAACACCAUUGUCGGAUCGCCCGGGUCCAUCGGCGCAACAACGACGACAGCAGGCGAUAGCAACGGUUCACGACGCGGCAGCACGGCGACGCUGCGGACGUCGACAGAGAUAUUUGAGCUGUUCAUCGGGAUGCUGGGCCCGUCGAUGAAGUCGCUGGCGUUCACGUUGGCGGGAGUGCUGCGCGACCCGCCGUUCGGCUCAUCGCCCGACUUUGCCAUCACGGUCAACGGGCACUACCGGCAGAGCCUGGCGGACGCGCUGGUGCUGUACAACGGGUCGCGGGCGGCAGCGCUGCAGGAGCUCUACAAGACGAUUGAGUUUGGGCGGCCGCGGUCCGAGAAGAUCAAGGCCGACUUUGAGGAGGUGGCAGCGGCCUGCGGCCACUUCAGCUUCAGCCUGCAAGCCUUUGGCGAGGAGAUGACCAAGUACCUCGACGUGCUGGACGACCUGCGUAUCGUCAGCACCCACGACCGUCGGAGCUGGCGCUGGCUGCUCUUCUGGAAGGCACCGCAGCUGCGCUUCCCGUCCGUGUUGCCGUUUGAGAGCCCGGCCGAGCCGGCCUUUGACGAGGCCGUGGCCUCGGCGACGGCAGCGGGCACGGCCAGCAUGCCGAAUCCGGUGGGCACCCCAGCAGUGCGGCCCAUUCGCAAGUCUCAGAUGCCGCGCGGCAUCCCCGACACCAUGGUGCAACGACGGGACACGUUCAGCUGGCAGGCGGCACCACAGGCCAACACGCUCGUGCGUAGUUUUGCACAGGAGCUGCUGAGACUCCUUCGUGUGCUGAUGCGAGAUGACAUACGGUUUGGAAUCAAGGUGGGCAUCGGAGCAAUGCUGUGGGCCUGCAUGGCCUUUACUCCAGAGACACGCAAGGUGUACAUGCACUGGCGAGGCGAAUGGGGACUGCUGUCGUUCAUGAUUGUGUGCUCCAACACGGUCGGGGCUUCCAACACGACAGCCAUUGCGCGGUUUCUGGCGACGCUGUCGGGGGCAGCAGUGGCGGUGCUGAACUGGAACAUCAGCCAGGGCCACGCGGUGCCGCUGCUGCUUCUCGGCUGGCUGGUGGCUUUUUACAGCUUCUACGUGAUGAUCGACCGGGGCAAGACGCCGGUGGGCCGGACGACGCUGCUGGCAUACAACGUGAUCACACUGUACGCGUACCUGCUGUCGCAGCGCGUGGACGACGACGAUGACGACGAGGGCGGUGUGCAUCCGUUCAUCAUGGAGAUUGCCAAGCAUCGGUUCCUUGCCGUGACGGCCGGCAUCCUGUGGGGGCUGAUUGUGUGCCGGGUCGUGUGGCCGAAUUCGGCGCGGCACCGUUUCCAGGAGGGCGUGUCGGUGCUGUACCUGCAGAUGGGUCUCAUCUGGAAGCGUGGACCGCUGGCGAUGCUCCUACGAGCCGACGGUGGAGGAGACAGUCCGGAUGGCAGAAACGGCAGCGGCAUCGCUCACCCGUCGUAUCUGCGGUCGGGCGAACAGGCGGCGCUGCAGCGGUACGCAGCCCGGCUGGAAACGCUGCGCCAGAGCGCCGGAUCCGAGUUCGAGCUGCGCGGGCCCUUUCCCUUCACGGCGUGCGGCCGCGUCAUGGCGGCGACAAAUCGCAUCCUCGACGGCUUUUACGCCAUGAGCUUGCUGACUCAGCGACGAGCCGCCCGCCUAACUGACGGCGAGCGCGCCCUGCUGCUCUACACGGCACCCGAGCGCGCCAUGCUAUGUGACCGCAUCUGCCACGUCUUCCAGGUUCUGGCCAGCUCUUUCAUGCUCGAGUAUCCGCUGGCUGACGCGUUGCCGAGUGUCACUAUUGUGCGUGACCGGCUGUUGGCCAAGAUCUUCCACUUUCGCAAGGAACAGGCGGCCGCAACGGCCGGGACAGCGGGCACGGCCGGGACAACGUCGACCUUCACCAUGGACCAGCUCAUCAGCUUUCCUCCCGCAUCGCCGUCGUCGCUGCUGGCCUCGCCGUUUUCGGACCUGCCGCCACCACCCGGUCCGUCGAUUCGCGUCGCGGCCGAGGAACAGGACUACGCGCUGCUCUAUGCGUACGCCCUCAUCACCGGCCAGGUCGCCGAAGAGCUCAGGACGAUUGCCAAGGAGUUUGAGGGCCUCUUUGGCGUGCUAGACGAAGACGCGAUGUUGCUGCAGUAG